CCGGCCUGACUUCCAGCGCUGCGGGAGCGGAGCGGGGCUACCAGCUCUUCAAAACAAGAUGUAUCAUCAAAUCAUUCUGACCAUGUCUUUGCUGUUGGGCUUUCUUCACGUGGCAGCUGCCCACUGUAUGGUCCAUGAGAUUCAUCCCAGGAGCUUUACAUUACCGUGCCUACUGCUGAAUGAGACAUCUUCGAGUCCUUCUGCUGCCGGAGUUGUACGGAGCUGGUCUGGCUGGAGGAGGGAGCAUGGAGUUGCUGAAACCAACCCUUCCUUGCUAAUGGAUGAGGAGAGUUUUCUGUGUUGCCUUUGGAGCAAUAACAACGCCAGUUGUUCUUUGUACAGUGCAAACAUGCAAGCGAGGAUGCUUAUUCCUUCAGAAAUGAGCAUCUCUGCAUCUCAGGAAAGAGAUUCAAAUUGGAACAUUGAAUGUUGGGUUGAAGGCAAGCUGGAUUUGUUAGUUUGUAGCCUGCAGUUCCCGAAGUUUCACAUGAGACUUGAUAUGAAGGUUCAUCUUUUAUAUGCUGUGUCAGAGCUGUCACUGGGAGACACAUCUACGAGCUCCCUGAAGAGGACUGCCCUGGCUGCUCAGUGUAACUGCAGUGAGUAUGGCAAAUGUGAGUGCCAUGUGCCUUCCCCAAGACUCAACCACACUUACGUCAUGUGGCUGAAGACUGUGAUUGGUGUAACACCUCUUUGGUCACCCUUGAUGUCAGUCAAGCCCAUAGACAUAGUAAAGCCUGAACCUCCUUUGAAUGUGCGUCUAGAAAUGACAGAGAGAGGUCAAGUUAAGAUCUGCUGGUCUGAGCCUGUACCGAUGCCGUACCCGCUCCGGUGUGAAGUGAACAUCUCUGGAAAUUCAGAUCAAAAUGGCUGGCAGGUGGUUCAAGUUGCUUUAAAUACCUCAUUAGACAUAGACAAUAUGCUGCUUGAUUCUUCCUCCUUUGCUCAAGUGAGGUGCAAGAGUCAUUGUGGUCCCGGGUUCUGGAGUGAAUGGAGCACACUGUAUAAUCUGAAUGUGGGAGCUGAAGUGCUGUACUUCCCUACUAAGAUACUGACCAGUGUUGGUUCUAACGUUUCGUUUCAUUGCAUCUAUAAAAACAAAACCCAGAGCGUAGCAUCCAAGAAGAUUGUUUGGUGGCUGAAUUUAGCAGAAGAAAUCCCAGAAAGUCAGUAUACGCUUGUGAACGAUCGCGUAAGCAAAGUUACUCUUUUCAACUUGAAAGCAACAAAACCUAGAGGAAGUUUCUUCUAUAACGCAUUGUACUGUUGCCAUCAAAAUAGGGAAUGUCAUCAUAGAUACGCUGAAUUAUAUGUAGUAGAUGUGAAUAUCAAUAUCAAAUGUGAAACUGAUGGGUACUUAACUAAAAUGACUUGCAGAUGGUCUGCAAACCCAAACGCAUUGCUCUUGGGGAGUUCCUUGCAGUUAAGAUACCACAGGAGCAAAAUUUAUUGUUCUAACUUUCCAAGUACUCCUCCAGAAUCAGAGGUGAAAGAAUGCCAUUUCCAGAGGAAUCAUUCUUAUGAGUGCACAUUUCAGCCUGUUUUUCUUUUAUCUGGAUAUACCAUGUGGAUUGAGCUUAAGCACUCGCUGGGAACACUUGAAUCCUCACCAACUUGUGUCGUUCCAGCAGAUGUGGUGAAGCCACUGCCUCCCUCCAGCAUUAAAGCAGAGAUCACCAGAAACGAUGGGCUGCUGAACGUGAGCUGGACAAACCCCGUGUUUACAAAUGAUGACCUUAAGUUUCAGAUCCGGUACGCAGUGAACAGGGAAGAACUCACAUGGGAGCUGUAUGAAGUUCUAAGCGUACCAACAAGAUCAGCUGUGAUAGAAGUGCAACUUUGUGUUGAAUAUAUUGUUCAGAUCCGCUGCAGAGCCCUGGAUGGCUUAGGCUACUGGAGCAACUGGAGCAGAUCAGCCUAUGCAGCAGUAAAAGAUAUCCAAGCUCCCUUACAUGGCCCUGAGUUUUGGAGAACUGUUACUGAAGAUCCAGCAACGGGGCAGAAGAACGUUACGCUCCUGUGGAAGCCACUGAUGAAGAAUCACUCACUGUGCAGUGUGAGCCGGUACGUUAUAAAGCAUCAGACGUCAGAAAACACCUCGUGGUCAGAAUAUGUCGACAAUGGCACCACCUGCUCAUUUCCAUGGACUGAAAGCACACACACCAUUACAAUUCUAGCCGUGAAUUCAAUUGGAGCUUCUUCAGUUAAUUUUAAUUUAACUCUGUCACAACAAAUGAGCACAGUGAAUGCUGUGCAGUCUCUCAUUGCUUACCCAGUGAACAGCACGUGUGUGAUUUUGACUUGGACGCUUUCGCCUCAAAUAUAUGUGAUAACAUCUUUUAUUAUUGAGUGGAGAAACCUUAACAAAGAAGAGGAGAUGAAGUGGGUGCAAGUUCCUCCAAAUAUUAGUAAAUACUAUAUUUAUGACCACUUUAUUCUGAUUGAGAAGUACCGGUUCAGCCUGUACCCCGUGUUUGCUGCAGGAGUUGGCAAAUCCAGAGCCACGGAUCAGUUCUCCAAAGAUGGGUAUGCCAGUCAGACCAGUUCUAACCUCUAUAUGGUCCUGCCAAUAGUUAUUUCAACCUCCGUGCUGUUGCUUGGAGCGCUGCUGGUUUCGCACCGAAGAAUGAAGAAACUGCUCUGGGAAGAUGUUCCAAACCCCAAGAAUUGCUCGUGGGCACAAGGUGUUGAUUUUCAGCAGCCUGAAACUUUUGAGCACCUUUUUGUCAAGCACCCUGAAGCAAUGUCAUUUGAGCCUCUUCUUCUGGAACCGGAAAUAGUGCUGGAAGACAUCAGUGUUACUAAAGCUUUGGAACAAGAAGACACGCAAGAUUUCUUAGUGCUUGAUUCCACGUUCACAAAACCUGAAGACUCUGAGCACGACUCUGCGUGUCCCAGCAGCCACUUCAGUGGUCGCAGCUCCUUGGAGUGCUCCCCCAGUGACCCGACCUCUGGAGAAACAGCAAGUCAGUCCAACAUUAAGUAUGCCACUGUUAUCAGUAACUCCAGAUCAGGUGGGCUUUACGAACAGAAUAAGAAUCCCAGAUGUCGUUUUGAUGGACGUUUUCUAGCUGAAGACUCCUUGGCUGCAGGUGCACGCUCAGGUAGCUCCUGGGAGCUGGGAAAUGAGGCGUUCCUCCUGCUGCCUGACCAGCCUGGCAGCCAGCCCUGCAAGACCCUCUCCCUUAUCUCUUCAGAGGGAUUUUCCGAGCCUUCAGAUCAGGAUGAUGCUUUCACAGAUGGAGGUAGCCCUGAGCGAGGUCUCCAUUACCUAGGGAUAACAUCACUGGUCAAAAGAGAAAAUGACAUUUUUUUAACGGAAAGUUCCAGACUGAUGUGCCAUUUCCAUACAGCUGAUCUACUCAGAGGUGUGGGAUUUCUUCAGAAUACACCUCCUAAUUUAAAUGCAUUUAUCCAGAGUAGCAUUAAAGCCAUCGUGCCAUACGUGCCGCAGUUUCAGAUGACUGCUGCCAAGGUGCAAGAGACCACAGAGAACAGCUGUUAAGCCCUCACACCUUAAUUUGAUGCUCUUUAUGGCUUUCUAAGUGUAGGUAUGUACUGUGUUUUUCCCUCUCCUAGCUUCUUUAAGGAAGGUUGGGAAGCUGAUCCUGUCCUCGAGUGACAGGAUUUUAGUUGGAAGAAAUUCCCCUUCAUAGAAUCAUAGAACUCUAUGAUUCUAUGAUGGCCCUUCUUGACCUAAUUUUCAAAUGUGGGGCCUUCUUUUAUAUAAUUUAUAUAAAAAUAUAUUCAAAGGAUGUCUGUUGGCCAUGCAGACCCAAGCACGCGUCUCCCCAUUCAGGAGUAAAGCAUCUCUUUAUACGUGCUGCCAGACUCUGAGUGAGUUUGCUCUUGUUCCAGGUGUUGUGUGGGGAGCCCAAGGCAGAGAGACCUAACCCAUAGUGUUAGCGAGGAGAUUGAUGUUUGGGCAGAGAAACUCACAUGUGGUGUGUCACUGGGGGGUGACUGCAGCAGGCUGAGCCCAUCUGGAUGUGGUGCUGCCACUGGACUCUCAUACUGCCCGCUUAUGGGGCACUGAUGUGCACCUGAACCACAGGUAGGAGACAAGUGUGCCAAGCACAGUACGCAUACAGCUGUGAGGCCCUCUCCUGCCCCACACACCCUGAUGUACUGAUGGCUUCGCUGCUGUCUGCAGUGAAUGGAGCCUGCAGAAACGCAGAUGGCCCGAAUGAAAGAGCAGUGAGAGCCCUGCAGGUCAGUUGUUGGAAGGAAGGCUGUGACCACUGGAGCCAAACCUGUGGCUGUUUUCCUGUUGUCUCUUUUAAAGUGAAAUGGGAAUGCUCAGCAGCAGCAUCAAGGAGCUGUAAAGAGGGACUGUGGGGUUGGAGGCACGUGCUGAACGGCCAUCGGUGUGUAGAGGAGAAGUGGCUGUUCUGGUGGCUGAGGGCUGCAAGCAGAGGAGGAGAAUUAAAAUUCUUGUGGCCCCAUAACUGCAGGGCGUUACCUGGCUAAAAUGGUGUGCUUGGAAGUGAAAUAACCACACUAUUGAUGUUGAACACAAGGUUCUGGUACAAAUGGUAUUAUAGGAGAGCUAAGAUUUCUUCCAAACCCAUUCCAUAAGAACCCACAGCAGAAAUGGCAGUAACUGGAUCCAGAAAUCCUGUGUUUUAUCAGCGAGCUCGCCUGUCUGUGGGAUGUGAGGAAGUCAGGCUGUCCCCAGGAGCCCUGCUGAGCUCAGCCAAAGGGCUUCAGCUGUGAGGAGGAUCGGGUCCUGCAUCCCAGAUCUGCAGGUAAACAAACCCACGGUUUUGCAAGCCAAAUGUAUUUUUUCUACUUUAUAGUUGGUAAAUAUUUUUGUAUAUGUACUUUUUCAAAGAACUAUUUUGGAAAGCUAUGACAGAUGAAAAUAUUGUGUAUUCCAAAGCUAAAUUUAUGUGAAACUUAAUUAGGCAAUGAAAAACAAAAGGGUAAAAUUCAUAACAACAAUAGUAGAGGUGUGAACGUGUAUCAGUGAUAGGAAAUCCUGUGGAGCAAAAGGGACCAAAGCGAGUACAUAUUUGCACUUGAAGAGAAGCUCUGCAGGAAGCCCGCGCCGCUCCUUCUCCCACAAGCUGCUCACCUGGCUCUUGCUGGAUGCCUCCAUCUCAGAUGCUGAAUGUGACACAAACGUGAGGUACUCAUGCAAAAAAUGCAGUAUGUAGGAGGCAGCUGAGCAGAGCUCCGUACUGCUUGGAAGCAUGACUGAAGGAAAAGCCUCAGGUUUUGAAAAGGUGCCUGUAGGGUGCAGUGGCCCUGUGGCAGGUGCCACAAAGGCUGACUUGUGGCUGCUCAGCUGGAACGAGCUGCGCUUUGGAAGGUGGCAGCAGGAGUGAAAGAAAGCUGCGGUUAGCAGCCAGGAGAAUGCUAAAGUUAGAAUCCAUCUGAAGAAAGAAAUUCCCUGCUGCUGCUGAACCCAACGCGGCACAGCCUUCAGCGUGCCGGGAGUGAGCUGUGCACUGCCCUGGGUGUGGGCUCUGCCCUGCAGAUCGGCACCUGGCGAGGCCAGGAGAUGGGCAGAGCUCUGCUGCCCGCCUCCCUCCCCAGCGACUCCGCAGGGAUUCCUCGUGCUGCAGCUGAAUUUUGGGCAGACGACCCAGAUUUUUGUGCUUCAGCCAUCUGCUCUCCUCUACCUGGGAUGGGAAGGCACUGGGAUUGCUUGAGAUACAGUUUUGUCACUGCUGCUGCAGUACAGCCGUGCCCGCUGUGCCUGGAGGAACGCCUCCCUGCCUGCUGCACAUCUCGCAGCUGGGAAGGGAGCAGUGCAGUACAGCUCUCUGUAGGCCAGAAUAAUAAAGGCAUAAUUCAUCACAA